GGCGAAGGGAAACGGGUCCGAGCUAGGGUUUCCAAAUCCCGCCAUUUCUGGAUGAAUGCAUGUGUUCUUGGUGAAUUGAGAGCUUUUUAAGCUGUAGGAAGCUAUGUGAUUUAGUUUCACCAAAGUGAGAUGGGAGACGACAUUUGUUCUCCGGUUAUUAAGUCAAUCGAUAGGGCUGUGAUUCAUAGGAUUUGCUCUGGGCAAGUAAUUUUGGACCUUCCAUCUGCUGUCAAAGAGCUGGUGGAAAAUAGCCUUGAUGCUGGGGCAACCAAUAUCGAGAUAAGUUUGAAAGAACAUGGUGAAGAAUCUUUCAAGGUUAUAGACAAUGGUUGUGGCAUCUCCCCUGAAAACUUUCAGGCCCUUGCUCUUAAACACCAUACAUCUAAGAUAGCUGAUUUUUCUGAUCUUCAGUCCGUUACAACUUUUGGCUUCAGGGGAGAGGCAUUGAGUUCUCUUUGUGCAUUGUGUAAUUUGACUGUUGAAACAAGAACUAAAAAUGAACCGGUUGGCACACAUUUAACCUUUGACCAUUCAGGUUUAGUGAGAGCAGAGACGAAAACAGCACGCCAAGUUGGCACCACUGUCACUGUCGAAAAAUUGUUCUCCACAUUGCCUGUGAGGAGUAAGGAAUUUAAGCGCAACAUUAGACGGGAAUAUGGAAAGCUUAUAUCCUUAUUAAACGCAUAUGCUCUCAUUGCUAAAGGUGUUCGACUACUUUGCGCCAACACAACUGGAAAAAAUAUGAAAUCAGUGGUGUUGAAAACUCAAGGAACUGGUUCAUUGAAAGAUAAUAUCAUAACUAUCUUUGGUUUGAAUACCUUCCGGUGCUUGGAGCCUCUGACUUUAGGCUUAUCAGAAGGGUUGAAAGUUGAAGGAUUUAUAUCCAAGCCUGGACAGGGCAGUGGCCGAACAUUGGGAGAUAGGCAGUUCUUUUAUGUGAAUGGGAGACCUGUGGAUAUGCCGAAGGUUGGCAAACUUAUAAAAAAAUUAUAUAAAUGCUCAAAUGGCAAACAAUAUCCAGUUGCCAUUAUUGACUUCAUAAUUCCGACCACAUCAUAUGAUGUUAAUGUGACUCCUGACAAAAGGAAGAUAUUUUUUGCCGAUGAGGGUUGCAUAAUGCUUCCUUUAAGGGAGGCCCUAGAGAAGAUGUACUCGCCACACCAGUGCACUUAUUCCAUCAACAAAAUUAAGGAGUCCGAGAAAGCAGCAGAGUGUUUCCGGUCAAAUGCUCCUCAAGAGGGUGGGGACCUCAGUAUGGUAUCAGAACCAUUUUCUCCUGAAGAUGACGAACAAAUAGAAGUAUCACCAGAUCAGGAUACUGAUGCAGAUGAGAUGUUCCAUGAGACAGUGCCAAUGCAACAUCCUGUCAAAUUUGUUAAUAAGGGAAGUGUCCCUGCUAAUGGAAAUCCCCCAAAAGAUUUCUCUCUUAACGCAUGUGGAAUUAAUAAACCUGAAAGUCUUUACGCUUACAAGCACAAGCGGCCAAGGAACUUCCUUGAACCAAAUGGUAAAACUGCUGAAAGAACUAUGAGAAACCUAAAAUCAUUGAAGAAAGAUUCUCCCUCAUAUUCAAACCUGGUUCAAUCUUCCCUUGCAAAGUUUACAGUUGUAAACAAUAAGAAGAACGAAAGUUGUUCCAGUGUUCUCUCGGAGAUGCCUUUGCUGAGAAAUGCCAAUUCUAAUCCAGUACGAGAAACCCAUUUAGAUGUGUGCAACACAGUCUCAAGAUCCUUUUUAGAAAAUGUUCCAAGGAUUGAUUCACCAGAAGCCAGUAUUGAGAAAUUGUCAGAUGAUCCCAAGCCAUUUGAUAACUCGGACAGAAUGGAGACUAGUCUAUCUGUUCAAUCUGAUAUUCAUGAUGAAAUGGUCACUGAGGAAAAAUCAGAAAAGCAAGAAGAACAAAUACCUGUAACUGAUUCAACAUCAGAAGCCUUCGCUUCCAAGAAUAUAUCCACCACUGAUGUGACUUUUGAUAGUCCAAGACGUCGUUCGGAUCCCAUAGUAUUGUCAUCCUUCCAAUUCAGUAUGAGUGAUCUUCGAUCAAGGAGGCAUCAAAUAAAUUCAAGAUCAUAUUUACGAACAUUUAAUGACGAACAGAAAAAGCAUGGGAGGUGUUAUGCUGCUGCAACACUAGAGAAUUCUCAACCAGAAACUGAUGAGGGAAAAACACAUUCAUUGGCUGAAGCUACUAGGGAGUUGGAGAAGUUAUUCAGAAAAGAGGAUUUUGGAAGAAUGCAGGUUGUUGGGCAGUUCAAUCUUGGUUUUAUCAUAGGAAAGUUAGAUCAAGAAUUAUUUAUUGUUGAUCAGCAUGCUGCAGAUGAAAAACACAAUUUUGAGCUGCUUUCUCGGACAACUGUCUUGAAGCAACAACCCCUAAUUCAGCCAAUUCGCUUGGAAUUAUCACCGGAAGAAGAAAUAGUUGCUUCCAUGAAUAUGGAAACAAUCAGGAAAAACGGUUUCAUUUUAACUGAGGAUACAAAUGCUCCACCUGGCCGUCGUUUCCUUUUGAAAGCUGUACCUUUCAGUGGAAAUAUAACCUUUGGAGCCGAAGAUGUUAAGGAGCUUAUUUCUAACCUCGCUGAUAGUAAAGAAGAAUGCUCGAUAAUCAGCAGUUACAAAUUAGACACUUGUGAUUCUAUCUGUCCAUCUAGAGUCCGGGCAAUGUUGGCUUCACGUGCUUGUCGAACAUCUGUUAUGAUCGGUGAUUCUCUAACAAAGAGCGAAAUGCAGAAGAUAGUUAAUAACUUGUCGAAGCUCAAGUCGCCUUGGAAUUGCCCACACGGCAGGCCGACAAUGCGUCACUUGGUAGACUUGAUAUCAAUCGGCAAUCAAAGGGAAGAGAUAUCAUAAACAAAGAUCACUCGGCAGUAAAAAUCACCGCCAAUCUUGUAUGUUUUCAUCCUUUAUUUCUGCAUGUAAAUUGUCUGAUAAAUUCUGUUCAAAGUUUUGAAAACUUGAAAUUUUCGAUCUCGGAAACUAAAUAAGAAGCUUGAUUAUAACAAA